AUGGUUGCGCCAGUUGACCCCAACGACCGUGUGGUCAUCGGCAUCACUUUUGGCAACUCAAACAGUUCCAUUGCCUAUACUGUCGACGACAAGGCCGAGGUCAUUGCCAACGAAGACGGUGACCGUCAAAUCCCUACCGUUCUCUCCUACGUCGACGGCGACGAGUACUACGGUGCCCAGGCCAAGGCCUUCCUCGUCCGCAACCCCAGCAACACGAUUGCCUACUUCCGCGACUUUCUCGGCAAAGACUUCAAGUCGAUUGACCCCACGCAUUGCCACGCCGCCGCCCACCCCAAAGAUGUCUCUGGGCACGUCUCCUUCACGGUGAAGGACAAGCCCCAGGGCGAAGACGAUGAGGAAGUCGAGCUCUCUACCGUCUCCAUUGACGACGCCGCUACCCGAUACCUUCGCCGCCUCGUCACCUCGGCCUCUGACUACCUCGGCAAGACCGUCACCUCAACCGUCAUCACCGUCCCCACCAACUUCACCGACAAGCAGCGUGAAGCCCUGACCAAGGCUGCCAACGCCGCCGGCCUCGAGGUGCUGCAGCUCGUCUCCGAGCCCGUUGCCGCCGUCCUCGCCUAUGAUGCCCGCAAGGAGGCCGUCAUCAGCGACAAAAUUGUCGUCGUCGCUGAUCUCGGCGGCACCCGCUCCGAUGUGACCGUCGUCGCCUCGCGCGGUGGCAUGUACACCAUCCUCGCCACCGUCCACGACUACGACUUUGCCGGCGUCCACCUCGACAACGCGCUUAUGGACCACUUCGCCAAGGAAUUCAUCAAGAAGCACGAGGUUGACCCUCGCAGCAACGCUCGCUCCCUCGCCAAGCUGCGUCUCGAGUCCGAGGCCACCAAGAAGGCCCUUUCUCUCGGCACCAACGCCCAGUUCUCCGUUGAGAGCCUGGCUGACGGCUUCGACUUUUCCUCCACCAUCAACCGCAUCCGCUACGAGAUGGUGGCCCGCAAGGUCUUUGAGGGCUUCAACCGUCUGGUCGAGAGCGCCGUCAAGAAGGCCGAGCUCGACGUCCUCGACGUCGACGAGGUCAUCAUGUGCGGUGGUACCUCUCACACCCCCCGUGUCGCCAACAACCUGGCCAACAUCUUCCCCGAGACGACCACCGUCCUGGCUCCCGCCACCAGCGCCGUCGCCAUCAACCCUUCUGAGCUGCAGGCCCGCGGCGCAGCCCUGCAGGCUUCGCUGAUCCAGGAGUACGAAGCCGCCGAUAUUGAGCAGUCGACCCACGCCGCCGUCACCACCGUCAAGCACAUUACCAACGCCAUUGGUGUUGUCACUGUCGGUGCCGAUGGCGAGACAUUCACCCCCGUCAUGCAGGCCGAGACUGCCGUCCCCGCCCGCCGCACCAUCCACGUUGCCGCCCCCAAGAACGGCGGCGAUGUCCUCAUCAAGGUCGUCGAGGGCGGCACGCACAUCAAGGUCACCAAGGCUGAACCCAAGCCCGAGCAAAACGGCGAUGACGACGAUUCGGACUUUGACAGCGAGGAGGAGGACGAGGAGACGCGCGAGAAGCUCUGGAAGAUUGGCUCGCCUCUUGCCGAGGCUGCUGUCAAGGGCGUCAAGGCUGGCGCCGCCAGCAAGGUUGAGGUCACCAUUAACGUCCUCGGUGACCUCAGCGUCACCAUCACCGCGCGUGAGGUCGGCGGUAAAGGCGGUGUUCGUGGCACUAUUACGGCUUAG